AUAUAAAGAGGAUCUCUGCAAUAAACAAGAUAACAGUCCUAUCAUUUGUCUCUCCCUCUCCACUGAUUCUACUAUUGAGCACUCAACUCUUAAUACGUUAUCAACACUGUCCCAAGAAAGAUCAGAGGAAGAAGGAAGAACACUUGCUAUUCUUGACAAAAACAACAAUAGUGAUAUGCAAAUCAACAGCAAGGUAUGAAGCAAACCAUUUCCAUGCGCAUACGUCGUAUGCACAAAGUUCUGCACAUUGUUGAUGAUGCGAGGUUGGAGGCGUUUGCUGCUGGGCAAGACACAACACUUCCACCAGUGCAUGCCAUCCCUGAACGCCGUGUGCAAGUGCAAAACGUGCACUUCUAUGUUCUCCAUGGAUGGACAGUGGUGGUUCCACUGUCGGUGGUGGAGUGCGGCCUCCCCACUGUGUCCCCGUCACCACCGGUGCCGGUGGGUGACGCGGGGUCAUCUACAUCCGCACCCAUGGACGUCGAUCUAGUGGUACCACCGCCUCCUCGACCCACUACAACGACAGUUGCUUGUCGUUCCCCAUCUCCGCCUACUUUGGUGGUCGUUGGGACCAUCGCUGCCCGUCGUGGACAGCUCCUCGCGCCGUUGAUGCCACGCGCGACCGCAUCAUCUUCACUGGCCACCGCCCAAACGGGGUGGCCCCAUCUUCCUCCCCAAAUGGGAGGGCCUAAUGGCCCUCUGUCCGGCUGGUGGUGGUUGCCGCCACGACGGCCGGUUGGGGGGAGGGGUGGGGGAGCAGGGAUACAGCCCCUGCGCGGGCGCCACUUGGAGCAUCUCCGGUGUGGGCAAGAUCCAGUCGGCCCAUGGCGCUUGGUGCGGCGCAGGACUGGACCAUGGCAGGUGGCUAUGGCACCGACUGCUGUCUCGGGCACGGACGCCGACCGCGGCAUGGCAGCCAUGGCGCGAUGCAAGAAGCCCACCCGGCGGCUCCUCGGUGAGCGCGCUCGGCCGGCGCGGGUGCUUGGCACCAGACUAUGGCUCGCCCCCGGUGCUGGUUCGGUCGGCCCUUGGUAGUGGCGCUCCGGUGCCCGAGGUGGCCCGGCGUGGGGGCGCUCGGCGAGGAAGCCCAGGCGCGACCGUCCGAGGAGAGGAUGGCCAGGCGAGGGCUGGAUCCCGGCGUGGGCACGCUUGGCUCGGAGAAUGGCGCCAGGCGUGGCUCCCAAGCCUGCUCCUUACGUGACCUCCUGGCGUGCGGAAUGAGGUGGCCGGCUGGCGGAAGACUCCUGCUCGUGAAGCAGACAGCCUGUGCGGCGGCGUCAGCCCAGCGGAUCAGGAGCUUGGUGGCGCAGACCGUGGAGGCGCAGACCACACGGCGGCGACGUCGGCUGCAGGGUCUAGGUGGUUAGGGUUUCC